AUGGAUAAUUCGGAAAGUGAAAAGUUAGAAAUAGCAUUAGGCAGUGUAGAUUUGUUAAAGUGCGAGAGUGACAUUGAGGAUGAAGAGGAAGAAAUAGCAGAUCAGGAAGACUCUCCUAGAAGGAAUGGACUUUUUUCGAUAAUUGAAAAUCUAAAAUAUCACAAAAACCAAUUCCAUCAAGAAAAGCCACAAAUCUUAGAAACAAUCACCAAUUAUGGCGAAACAACGUCUCCAUCAGAAUCUUUUGAACCCAGCUCUCUCAUCCACUCCACCACCAAGCCCUUAAGAAGAAAAAGAAUGGACCGCAACAUAAACAAUAACGGACCGAUAUCCACUCCAAUCGCCGCCCCAGACUUCAUCCUUCACAACAAUAAUCACUUAAAGAACGAAAGACUGAGCCCGGGAACUCCUGACACGUCGAGUAGAUCGAGGAGUGUCACCCCUAGUUCUGCUUCGCAUCCUGACACCCCACCUGCACAAGAAAACCCGUUGCUUGGAAGGAAUUAUAGUGAUUUUAUGAGAAGUUUAGCGGCGAAGUAUAACAAUACGAAUCCUAACGACUACUUCAAUGCCGCUCGAAACGGCUUCCCUCCACCCAUAGAUCCGAGGUUCAAGCAAUCUUUUCCAAAUCUACUUCCCCUCAACCCGCAAAACAAAGAAAAUGACGUUAACAGCAAGAGAACGGAUUUUUCAGUCUUAAAUCCGUUUUCCAGCGUUACAGGAGCCGCCAUGUUUCCUCCAUUAAUAGAUAUGUCAACGACGCAGACAUUACUGGCGAUGGUUAGGACUGCCAAGGAGGCUGAGCUGCAGGGUUUGCUUAAAAACGUGAAGCGCCCGGACUCCUCCUCUCCACUAGAUCUCUCCGCAGCAGCACCGCCGACGAAGAGGCCACGCACGAAAACCCCCGUAGCAAGUAGUCCACCUGGUGGACCAACGGCGACGACUCCAAAAAGAUCGGAAAGCGAAAGUCCCAAAUUGCACGAAGAUAUCUCAAAUUGGACCGUCGACGAUGUAUGGAAUUUCAUUUCUGGGAUUGAUAUAUGUGCUGAAUAUGCUCAAACGUUUCGAGACGAGCGUAUAGAUGGCGCCGGCCUACCUCUUCUUACCGAAGACCACCUCACAAAUACAAUGAACAUGAAAUUGGGCCCCGCUUUGAAACUUCGCUCGAUUUUAGCGAAAAAGUUGGGUUCGUGCAGCGUCUGUCUGCACUGUAGUCACUGCCAUAAUUCGUCCACAGGAUCCCCCGAUCCAGGAAACAACACCGGGAACAUGUCCGAUUCGGGAGGGACGUCUUGA